AUGUUCCUCCCCACCCUCGCAAUCACCUCCCUCAUAGUCCUUCUCGCCUCUUUCACCAGCGCCGUGAAGCCACCGCCCGCCGCGCAACAACUCAAGGACCUGAUCGCCGCCGGAAACUACAGCGACCCCGCCACGCUCCACAAAAUCUUCAAUGCCCUCCCGCCCGCCGAGAUGCGCACCGUCUGGGGCACCUACAAGGGCCUGGACCUGACUCCGAACCCCGCCUUCCCCGACACGAUCGGAUGGUGGGGAAAGCGCUUCCUCAACGAAUCCUUCGUGGACCCGCUUCUCGGCACACGCAACACCACGUCCGGUCCCGUCGUAUACACGUACCCACGGGCGAACAUAGCACAGAUGCGGGAGAUCACUUUCCGGGGGAAGAGCGCGGCAGCGAUCGUUUACGAUAAAACGCCGAUCAUGGACUAUUUCCGGCGUGUGGAUGGGAAGACCCUGUUGGGCUUGGGCGAUGAGAAGGGGAAGCCGUUGGGACCGUUCUUUUUGUUGACGAAGACGGUGGGGCAGGUGGUUGUGGAAAUCUAG